CCUUUCUUUUUCCUUUCUACUUUCCCAACGGCCAGACAGAAAAAAUAGUAACGUGCAACUGACAAAAACUGUGGGGGACGGAUGAGGAAGCCGAGCACGAAAACUGAGAAAUUUGCGGGACGACGACCUCUCUCUCACCCCAUGGAUGCUCAAGAGAAAGAGUUGGUUCGUGAAUUCGAGAAGAGUCAAGCUCAACAGUAUCGUUUAUGGAGGAUUGGGUAGUUGUUGUAGCAUGUUCACUAGCAAUCGUAGGAUUACUUCCAUUCAAAGCAUCACCGGCGAUGGACUUGGUUGCACUUACACUUUUCUGAUUGAAUACAUGCUGAGAUUGUCAAGGGUUCGCUCGGAUGUAAUAUGGCUUCCAUUUGGACCUCUAAGCGGAGUUGGACUGACUGUGUACGUUGACCAUCUGCUAACUAAUUCAUCAGAAGAGAUAAGAAAACUUCGAGGCUAUGUUUAUGCUUACAAAGCUAUCUGAACCUUGUGUAUGUUUAUCUAUGCUUGGGCUGUAUGAAUUUGCAGGCUUCAAACAAUGGGGAUGUGCAGGCUUCAUGUCACCAGGAUUUCAUAAAAGAUCACAAAGAUUACUUAAGAGAGUAGUUUUAAACGAUAUUUCUUUGUAAUGUCUAUAAACAUAGACAAUUAGAGAGAUAGUGAUGAGGGGAUAUCUGUAAAGAUACAUUUUAUAGUGAAAAAGCAAUGUCUAAAAAAGGGGAGGAGAAGUUAAACUU